UAUCAACCCGGCACUCUUUCGCCAGACUCCGCUCAGCUCGCUCCUGGAAAGUCGAAAUCGUCCGGGAACUUCGCCCUCGCCCUCUCUCUCUCUCUCUCUCUGACUUCGAGUGGAAAGCAGUUGUAGCCUCGAGGGACUGCCUCCAGGAUGCGGGGCUUUCUCUUGGUCCUCGCGGGGCUACUGUUGGCCGCGGCUCUUGCCUCCGGCGCCAGGACGCCCCUCCGACAGCAGGCCGAGGUUCUGGUGGAGCCGCUGAAGGGCCCGGUGCUUCCUGGGACAGCCGAGGAUAAGGUCAGACUGUCAUCGAUGGCUCAGGAUGUUCGGGUUACGGAGUCGACGUCCCAGAAGUCAUCAGACCCAGCAACAUCGUCAUCUGCAGUGCCUGCGACGUCAUCACAACCGCCAUCAUCUCCAUCAGAAUCAUCAGCAUCUUCAUCUUCAUCAGAAUCAUCAGCAUCUUCAUCUCCAUCAGAAUCAUCAGCAUCUUCAUCUCCAUCAGAAUCAUCAGCAUCUUCAUCUCCGUCAGAAUCAUCAGCAUCUUCAUCUCCGUCAGAAUCAUCAGCAUCUUCAUCCCCAUCGCCAACAUCAGCAGCGCCAACAUCAGCAGCGCCAAGCCCUUCGUCCACUCCAGCUCAGCCAACCUUCCCAGAGGUCAAAGUGGAAGGCCUGGGCACUGCGCGAGGAAGGUUCUUGACCUCGUAUCUCGGCCGGCCUUUCUACGCCUUUAUGAGCCUGCCCUACGCCAAGCCCCCCGUCGGCGACCUCAGGUUUAAGAACCCCCAGCCGUGGACAGGUGCCUGGGAGGGAACGCUGGACGGAGCCUAUGACGCCACGUACCUGCGCGCCCGUUGCCCUCAGUCCUCGCUCAUCCUGAACGUGACCGCCGGCCGCGAAGACUGCCUGCACCUCAGCGUCUACACUCCGAGGAUGCCCGAGAGUCGCGACGCCGAAAAGCUGCCAGUCAUGGUAUGGAUCCAUGGCGGGGCAUACAUGACAGGGGAUGCCAACCUCUACGUGCCGACGAAGCUCCUGGACCGUGAUGUGGUGGUGGUGGUUGUCCAGUAUAGGCUUGGGUCCCUUGGGUUCUUAGCCGGAGGAAUUCCAGAAGCUCCUGGAAACAUGGGUCUGAUGGACCAAAUAACGGCAUUGCGCUGGGUACAAGAACACAUAACGGCUUUUGGCGGCGACCGCGAUUCCGUCACAGUUUUCGGACAGAGCGCGGGAGGGGCAAGCACUUCGUGGAUGCAGAUAACACCUCUCACCAACGAAACCGUCCCCGAAAACAACAACCGGCAACUCGUCCACAAAGUGUUGCCCAUGAGUGGAUCGUCCUUUGAGGAAUGGACCCUCGAUCCUGACCCAGAAUCCGGUUUCUGGAAGACCGCUAAGAUCCUGGAGUGCGACACGGACCAGGAUAAGGUCAAGGCGGUAGAGUGCAUGAGAGGAAGGACGCUGGACGAGGUCAACCGCGCGUCAAUCCAGAUCUAUGCAGACAGCCGCAAGACAGGAGGCUUAGGGUUCCAGGGCUUGUGUCCCGUGGUGCAGGAUACCUUAGCGGCCGAGAAUCACCCAGGCCUCGAGCUGGUCAUCCCGAAGAGUCCUGUGGAGAUCGUGGACGCCAAUGAGUUCCUUCAGGUCCCUGUGAUGACGGGAAGCGUGAGAGACGAAGGGUCGCUGGUGGUAGGCCUUGCUUACAAGGACUACCUCUACCCCAACGGACACUACCCAAAUGACACAGAGUUUGCCAGGGAUGAAAUGGUGACCACGCUGAUUCGGGCAUUUGGCAUCGAAGACCGAACCGGCAGCGUCACCAAUGCUAUGACUUUAUCCUUCCUUCCCAAUGCUGAGAUGGGCAACUGGUACAGCAUGGUGGGCGGUCUUGUUGAUAUGUGCGGGAUGCUGUUCCUUAAAUCCGGUUUGUGGCAGCUGGCGCACCGAAUUAACAAAGCCUCCCCGAAUCUUCCCAUUUUCUUUUACUCGUGGGAAUUCGAGUCUGACGAUUCCCUGUUUCCUUGGAUUUUCAUAUCCAUGCCAGAUAUUCCUGUCCCGGGAGGCAUUGGUCACGCCGACGAACUCCCGUACCUGUUUCACCUGCCGAGCGUGCUGGACGAGAGGCAGAGGCUGAUGUCGGAGAGAAUGCUGACUCUGUGGACCAAUUUUGCCAAAUAUGGAAACCCAACCCCGCGAGAAUUUGAAUAUGAAAACGAAAACUGGACAAGAUUCACCGCUGAAUGGAAGACUUUUGGAAUCGAGGAAGAGAAUUUCAUGUUACUGCAAGAUGACUUCACGAACGAAAUAGAUUUUUCCACGCGCUGGAACUACCACAUUGAUGAUGGAAUGACCACUACGCCGGGCCCGUUCACCAGCGAGGACCCGGAUCCAGUGUCUCGGGAGGACUACGACAAGCAGGUUGAGUUAAAAGAGCAGUUCCAAAUCGCAACUGGAAUUCUCGGCGGUUUGUGCGUGUGUACCCUGUUCUUGGCGGCCGUUUUCUUCUUCAGAAUGAGGAGGUUGAAGACCGUUUAGAGCGAAAGAAAACGGGAAUUUAGGAUUAAAAGUUUGUUGUGUUGUGUUAUAAAAUAAAUUAGUUAUGUAAGA